CCGCCCAAAUUCCACAAAUUCACCUCUGCCGGUCCGCUCCCUGUCUCUCUCGUCCAUCUUCAUCUUCUUCAAUCACAGUAGAGGAGAUGCAGCUAUUGCCGUCAUUCAAUGGAUCUGCACCCAAAUAAAAUAGAGCCUUCGGCUAUGGGGGAGAAACCCUAACCGACGGCGGCGGUGGCCGAUUGUCCUCGACUUCCCCUUCCCUUCUGACGCCGACCUCGAGCAGCGGUAUCAGGUUUGGGUCUGGUACAGUUGAUAGGAGUAAUAAAAUAUUAUGGUACAGUUGAGUCUGGCGCAGCCCUGUUUUUUGAGUUUUGCUCGUUAUUGUAGUUUUGAAGGUGAAGAAGCGAUCCUGAUGUGGAUGCUCUCACAAAUGAAAUUGAGGAGGCUCUCAAUCACCAAUCCCUACCCGACCUUCUCUCUCCUCACUCGCCCCAUAACCCGCGUGACUUACACCUCCCACCAUAACCAACAACAAGAAGAUCAUUCACAACCACAAUUACAUCAACAGAAUCAGCCAAAGGCUUCAUUAGAUAAGAGCUUUCUCAGCUUGGUAACUUCAGUUCUUUCAAACCCAUCUCUAGAUACCUCUAAAUGUAAAUACAUUCUAACCCAUUUGUCUCCGCACCAAUUCGAUCAGCUUUUCAUUGACAUUGGGUCCUCUUUUCACCCCAAAACCUUGUUGAAUUUCUUUCAUUUUGCGUCUGAAUUACACGGGUAUAGGUUCACUUUGAGAUCUUAUUGUCUUUUGAUUUGUUUGCUUGUUUUUUCGAACUUUGGGGCACCCGCUCGGUUGCUUUUGAUCCGGUUGAUCGAUCUUAAGCUGCCCGUUUUGUUUGACAACCACGAGAAUAGGCAUAUUGAGAUAGCUAAUGCAAUGGUUAAUGUGAAAUCAGCAUCGGAGUUGGCUCUUAAUAAUAGGAUAUUGGAUUUGUUGAUUCAUGUUUACUGUACCCAAUUCAAAAAUGUGGGUCUUGACACUGCUUUGGAUGUGUUUCGGUUGUUAGCGGGUAAGGCAAUGUAUCCAUCGUUGAAGACUUGUAACUUUUUAUUAAGUUCUCUUGUAAAGGCUAAUGAGCUUCAGAAGAGCUAUGAGGUGUUUGAAAUUGUUUGCCAAGGUGUUUUACCGGAUGUUUACUUGGUUAGUACUGCAAUUAAUGCAUUGUGUAAGGGAGGGAGAAUAUAUGAUGCUAUGGGUUUGUUUCGCAAAAUGGAGGAGAUGGGUAUUUCUCCAAACGUUGUUACUUACAAUAAUAUAAUGAAUGGGCUUUGUAAGAACGGCAAUUUAUAUAAGGCUUUUGAGCUAAAAGAUAAAAUGAUGAAGAACGGUGUGAAACCGAGUCUUAUCACGUACAGUGUCCUCAUAAAUGGGUUUAUGAAAUUGGGAAAAUAUGAUGAAGCCAACAGUGUUUUGGAUGAAAUGUUGGAGGGGGGUUUUAUCCCAAACGAGGUUGUGUAUAACACACUGAUUGAUGGGUAUUGUAAAAUGGGCAAAGUCAAGAAUGCAUUAAAGAUAAGGGAUAUUAUGGUUUCCAAGGGGUUUGAUCCCAAUUCAGUAACUUUCAACUCGCUUAUUCAUGGUUUUUGCAAGAUUAAACAGAUGGAUGAAGCCCAGCAGUUAUUGGAGGAGAUUCUAUCAAGGGGUUUAUCCAUAAAUCCAGGUACUUUUACUUCAGUUAUUCACUUGCUUUGUAUGAAUCAUAGAUUCAACUCUGCACUGAGGUUCAUUAGGGAAAUGCUAUUGAGAAACUUGAGGCCAAAUGAUGGGUUGAUGAUCACAUUAGUUGGUGGGCUUUGUAAAGAGGGUAAGCAUUCAGAGGCCAUUGACCUCUGGUUUCGGCUACUCGAGAAAAGGUUUGAUCCUAAUAUAGUUAUCUCAAAUACCCUUAUCCAUGGUCUUUGUGAAGCCGGAAACAUGCUUGAGGCUGUUAGGAUUCUCAAAGAGAUGCUAGAGCGAGGUCUUCAAUUGGACAAGAUUACAUACAACACGCUUAUCUCAGCGUGUUGCAAAGAGGGGAAAAUGGAAGAAGGUUUUAAGUUGAGGGAAGAGAUGGUAAACCGAGGAAUUCAGCCGGACACUUUCACCUACAAUUUGCUGAUGCAUGGGCUAUGUAACGCGGGUAAGAUGGAAGAAGCUGUGGCCCUUUGGGAAGAAAGCAAAAAGAAUCAUCUGGUUCCUAAUGUUUAUACAUACGGGGUCUUGAUUGAUGGAUAUUGUAAAGCUAAUAAACUUGAAGAGGGGAUAAGUCUCUUCAAUGAGUUGCUAAGGCAGAAUGUGGAACUAAAUUCGGUUGUUUACAAUACACUUAUUGGAGCUUAUUGUAAAAUUGGUAAUUUAGUGGAAGCCUUUAGGCUUCGUGAUGACAUGACAAGAAGAGGGGUUCCUCGAACUCCUGCCACAUAUUCUUCUUUAAUACAUCAAUUGUGCAAUAUUGGUCAGGUUGAGGAGGCAAGACACCUUAUCCAGGAAAUGAGAGCGGAGGGACUGUUGCCAAAUGUCAUUUGUUAUACUGCUCUUAUUGGUGGCUAUUCUAAGUUAGGUCAGAUGGAUAAGGUGGAAGAUGUUUUGCAGGAGAUGUCAUCGCAUGGUAUAUUCCCUAAUAAAAUUACUUACACUGUCAUCAUCGAUGGUUAUUGUAAAUCAGGCAAUUUGAAAGUAGCUGAAAAGCUUCUUGCUGAGAUGGUAGAGAAGGGAAUGGUCCCGGAUACUGUUACGUAUAAUGUUUUGACGAAUGGAUUUUGCAAGGAAAAUAAUGUAGAAGGCGGCUUUAAGAUAGGCAACCAAAUGUCCCACAGAGGAGUAGCUUUAGAUGAAAUCACAUACACAACAUUAAUUCAUGGGUGGGUGCAGCCAUCAACUAUUACAAAGCAAGAAUGAUCAGGGAAUUUGCAAGCCAAUUGUUAACAUUGGACAUUAUUGACGCCAGUGUUCUAAAACAAGGAAUUAAUCGGCGAUUUAUCGCCAAUUAAUCAUUGGUGGAGCCUCUCCGAUUAGGUCCGACUAACGAUUAAUCACGGAUUACUAAUUAAUAUGUGCCGAUUAAUUGCCAAUUAAUCCGAUUAAUCGCUCAAAGGUGGCUGACCGCCCGACUAGCACCGAGCGACUUUUAGAACAUUGAUUGACGCACCUUAUCUUUUGAGAAUCGCUCUGCACUUUUAUAAGGUACUUUAUCAAAGUCUCUAUUUGGUUUCAAUUCAUCUUCUUCUUUGUUAUUUGUACCAUGUCUGGAUAAGUAUAGAAAUUCUCUACGGGCACAGGGCCAUCGACAUGUUCGCUAAUUAUUGGAUAGCUCAGUACUAUUAAGGUUUCUUUUUCUUAA